AUGAACGGCGGCAUGGACGGCAAAGGGAGAAGGGCCGGUGGGAUGAGAUCGAUGAGCAUGGACAACAUACUGGGUGAUCCUUUUGCGCUUGCAACAAUUUCCAUUGCUACGCUUGCAUGGUUCAUUGCGUUUGUCGGGUCAGUAAUUGCGACUGCUGAGGAGAAGGCAAACGACCAAUUCCCCAACUAUGCGUGGUUCGCCGUUGCGUAUAUGCUGUGCGUAAUUAUAGGGGUAUUUGUGGUAGUAGCAUCCGAUACUACACAAACAUAUCACGUAGCUAUCGUUGGGUACCUUGCUUGUGGCCUUGUAUUGACAAGUUCAUCCGUCAAUGCUACGAUCUAUUCCUCCAAUGGUGCGAGAGAAGCAUCCGCUGCUGGUCACAUCUUGCUUUCUAUGGUCAAUAUUGUAUGGAUCUUCUACUUUGGAUCAACACCUUCAGCCGUUCCCCGCGCCUACCUCGACUCUUUCGCGCUUCAUAAAGACCACAGAACAUCACAAGGUGGACGAGGUAUGACCGGCAAUUAUGGAAAUGGACGACCAGACACAUCCAUCUCCUCAAACGUUCCCCCGCAAAUGUACACAUCCGCCCAACUCGGAGGAUUCGAGACAUCAUCUCCGGUAGCAGGCUUCACAGGAGACCGCAAUUCAUCUCAACCCAGAUUUGGCAACGGUGCCGCACCAGCACCAGCACCAGCACCAGCAGCAGCAGCAAGCAACCUUGCCACAAGUGGACCGAUGAGCACCGAACCAACAGCAGGGGAAGUGGUAGCACCGACUGAGUACCCUUACCGAGCGAAGGCCAUCUACUCUUAUGAAGCCAACCCUGAUGAUGCAAAUGAGAUCUCCUUCUCCAAACACGAAAUACUAGAGGUUUCUGACGUGAGCGGACGGUGGUGGCAAGCGAAGAAAGAGAAUGGAGACACGGGAAUUGCACCUUCGAAUUACCUGAUUUUAUUAUAA